AUGGAGGUAUUCGCAUGGUCAGCAUAUGAUACUCCUGGGUUGGAUCUAGAAUUUGCUUGCCACAAGCUCAACAUCAACCCUUCAGCUUGGCCCAUUAUGAAAAAAAGUCAGAGAUCCUCAGUCGAGCACACCGUAGCAGUAAUUGCCGAAGUCGAAAAACUCCGGGCUUCAGGAGCAAUCAGGGAAGUUCAGUACCCGCAAUGGCUGUCCAACACAAUACCACUGUUCGGUCCGAAUCAAGAAAAGACAACAUUUAUCACUCCGAGAGGAACUUACUGCUACAGAGUGAUGCCGUUCGGCCUCAAGAACGCCGGGGCGACCUACCAGCGGAUAGUCACUCAGAUGUUUAAGGACCAACUGGGAAAAACCAUGAAAGCUUAUAUUAAUGAUAUGGUAGUCAAGAGCAAGUUCGCUACAGACUAUCUUACAGACUUGAGAGAAGUUUUCAACAUCUUAAGGAACAAUCAGCUUCGCCUUAAUGCCUCGAAAUGCGCUUUCGGGGUAGGAACAGGGAAGUUCUUGGGAUAUAUGGUCACUCACAGAGGAAUUGAGGCAAAUCCGGACCAAAUAAAAACAAUACAAGAUCUUGAAGUACCAACAAAGGCUAAGGAGCUGCAGAAACUGGGCGGAAUGGCGACCGCACUGAAUCGGUUCAUCAGCAAAUCUUCAAAUCGGAUGAAGCCCUUCUUUCAGCUUUUGAAGAAACGGGCAACAUUUGAAUGGAGUUCCAAGUGCACUGAAGCACUACAAAGUCUAAAAAAAUACCUCAGUACACCUCCCCUUCUGUCUACUCCAGAGCCAGGAGAGGAGUUGUACCUCUAUUUAGCAGUCUCAGAUCAUAUUGUAAGUGCAGUAUUAAUUCGAGAGGUUAACAAGGAACAGAGGCCUGUAUACUACGUUAGCAAGACUUUACUAGAUGCCGAGACACAGUAUCCACCAUUGGAAAAGUUAGCUUACGCGCUGCUUAUCGCCUCAAGAAAGUUACAACAUUACUUCCAGGGGCAUACCAUCAAUGUCCUCACUAAAUUCUCCAUCAGAUCUGUAUUUAGCCGAGCUGAUUUCUCUGGUAGAACAGCAAAAUGGGCAGUAGAACUUGGCGAGUUUGACAUUCGCUCUAUGUUGACGGGUCAUCCAAUAACCCGAGGUUCGGGGGCAGGAGUAGUACUUAUCUCACCAGAAGGAUUUAUCUGGGAACAGGCUCUCAGGCUCGGUUGGAAGGCUUCGAACAACGAGGCAGAGUAUGAAGCGUUGUUGGCUGGCUUACGCAGUGCUGAACACUUCAGUGCAGAACAACUUCUUAUUUUCAGUGAUUCACAACUAGUGGUAAACCAGCUUUCUGGGGUCUACGAAACACGGGAUGAAAGAAUGGCCAUGUACGCAGACAAGGCCAAAGACUUACUCAAAAAGUUUCAAUCCAUACGAGUGGAACGAAUUAGUCGGGACAAAAACAGCAAUGCUGAUGCUUUGGCUUGUCUUAGCUCAUCAGUGGAUACCAAAGAUGCUAGAAAAGUUUGGGUUGAGUUCGUGCCAGAGCCAAGCAUUGUAUCUCCAGUCUUCUGCAGCAGCGUAGAGCCGAGCUGGAUGGAUCCAAUACUUGCUUUUCUAAAAUCUGGUACUCUCCCUGAAGACAAAAAGGAAACCAACAAAGUCAGACACAAGUCAGCUCGGUUUUGGAUCUCACCAUCCGGGAAGCUGUACAGAUGUUCCUAUCUUGGCUCUUAUCUUCUAUGUCUGCAUCCAAAUCUGGUCGAGAAUGUUCUCUAUGAAAUUCACGAUGGGAUUUGUGGAUGCCACGUUGGCGGAAGGUCGCUGGCGCAUCGAGCCCUCACUCACGGGUAUUGGUAG